CGUUGAAAUAAAUUCUUUCACACCUUCACUGCACCUCUUUCACAUGAAUGCGCAAUGGCGCCUCUUGUGGAUAAUCCGCUGAUAGCAUCUGCGACGUUGCAUAAUCCAUUGCCACUUUACUUUCAUACCUAUGUCUGGCCUUUUGCGAUCAUAUGGCCCAUCUUUCUACGAUAUUACCUUUCCGGAGAAUUAUACACAAAGCAUAUUAAUGGUUCAGAAUGGACAUUCGUUUGGUGUGGGACAAUCAUCACUGCUCAAAGUUUGACUUGGCUAUGUACGAAAUGGAACGUCAACUUGCAGUCACUCUUCACUUCAGUCUCUGCCGACAAAGUUCAGGACGCGAAGCUCAUUAAGGUCAUUCCUGUUGCCAAUGCCGGGUCUUCCGAAAUCUGCUCAAUCGAUAGGGACAACGCUGGGGGCAAGAAAAACAUUUCGUUUCUCUUCCAAAAAAGACGAUUCCUAUACAACUCCGAGAAGAACUCCUUCUCUCCUCUUUCCUACGCGAUCGAUGCGGACCCCAAACCAUUGAUUGGAGACUUCCAGAAUUCCAGAGGCUUACCGACUGCAUCUGAGAUCUCCAGAAUUCAUCAACAUUAUGGGGAUAACACUUUCGAUAUUCCAGUUCCUUCUUUUACGGAAUUAUUCAAGGAACACGCUGUGGCACCUUUCUUCGUCUUUCAAAUCUUCUGUGUUGGAUUAUGGAUGCUGGACGAGUACUGGUACUAUUCACUCUUUACUCUGUUCAUGCUUGUUGUAUUCGAGAGUACAGUAGUAUGGCAGCGCCAACGCACCUUGAACGAAUUCCGAGGCAUGAGCAUCAAGCCAUACGAGAUCUACGUUUAUAGAAUGAACAAAUGGGAACAUACUCAUAGCGACAAGCUAUUGCCAGGAGAUUUAGUAUCUGUCGGGCGUACCAAGGAAGACAGCGGAGUAGCAUGUGAUAUGCUUUUGGUUGAGGGUAGUGCGAUUGUCAACGAAGCAAUGUUGUCCGGAGAAAGUACACCGCUUUUGAAAGAUUCGGUUCAACUCAGACCCGGAGAUGCUACACUGGAACCAGAGGGCCUCGACAAGAAUGCUUUCUUAUAUGGCGGAACCAAGGUUCUUCAGAUUACUCAUGGCAAUACGGAAGAGGCAAGACCUAAGGUUGCAUCUGGUGUAUCACCUCCUCCCGAUGAUGGUGCUUUGGCCAUUGUUGUCAAGACCGGAUUUGAGACAUCUCAAGGCAGCUUGGUCAGAACCAUGAUCUACUCCACGGAACGUGUUUCGGCAAACAAUGCUGAAGCUCUUCUGUUCAUUCUGUUCCUGUUGAUCUUCGCAAUUGCAGCUUCUUGGUAUGUAUGGGAUGAAGGUGUGAAGAAGGACAGAAAACGAUCCAAGCUUCUCCUCGACUGUGUCUUGAUUGUCACUAGUGUCGUUCCACCAGAGCUUCCUAUGGAACUAAGUCUUGCUGUCAACACCAGUCUUGCAGCUCUAAGCCGUUAUGCCAUCUACUGUACCGAGCCUUUCCGCAUUCCAUUCGCAGGACGUGUCGACGUCGCUUGUUUUGAUAAGACUGGUACAUUGACCGGCGAAGAUCUGGUUGUCGAGGGUAUUGCUGGUCUUGGUCUUGGUCAUUCUGGAACGGAUACACCUCGUGAGACUGAUGGGGCGCAUAGCCACAUUACCCCUGUUCUGGAUGCCGGUCUGGAAACGACUCUUGUGCUAGCUACGGCACAUGCGCUCGUUAAGCUGGACGAAGGCGAUAUUGUUGGAGAUCCAAUGGAAAAGGCAACAUUGACAUCCCUUGGUUGGACUCUGGGCAAGAACGACAUUCUCACAAGCAAGGUUCCUCAGGGCGCAAACGUCUCAUCAGCAUCCAACAGCGUUCAGAUCAAACGUCGAUUCCAAUUUUCUUCGGCUUUGAAGCGUCAAAGCUCUGUUGCCACCAUCACUGCACAACACUCUGCCACAGGAAAGAAGAUCAGAAGCACCUUCGUUGGUGUCAAAGGUGCUCCUGAGACUAUAAUGAAAAUGCUGGUCAAGGUUCCUGCAGAUUAUGAGGAGACUUUCAAGUACUUUACUCGAAAGGGUUCCCGUGUUCUUGCACUCGCUUACAAGCAUCUCUCCAUCGACUCAGAAAUUGGAUCUGGCAAGAUUAACGAAUUGAAGCGAGAAAAUGUUGAGGCUGGUCUGAACUUCGCUGGGUUCUUGGUUCUACAUUGUCCUCUCAAGGACGAUGCCAAGAAAUCUGUUCAAAUGCUUAACGAGAGCAGUCAUCGUGUGGUCAUGAUUACUGGAGACAAUCCUCUCACUGCUUGUCACGUGGCUCACGAAGUCGAAAUCGUGGACAGAGAUGUUCUGAUUCUCGAUGCACCUGAACAUGAUGACUCUGGGGAGAAGUUGGUUUGGAGGAGUAUCGAUGAUCAAAUCUCAAUCCCUGUUGAUCCUACGAAACCUAUCGACCCCAAGAUCAUUGAGUCCAAAGAUCUUUGUGUUACUGGUUACGCUCUCGCUAAGUUCAAAGGUCAAGUCGCCCUCUCCACCAUCUACCGGUACGCUUGGGUCUACGCUCGGGUGUCUCCAAAACAGAAAGAAGAAAUCCUCAUGGGACUCAAGGAUCUUGGAUAUCACACUCUUAUGGCCGGUGAUGGAACGAACGAUGUUGGUGCUCUGAAGCAAGCUCAUAUUGGUGUCGCAUUGUUGAAUGGUUCACAAGAUGACCUCAACAGGAUCGCCGAACAUUUCCGCAACACAAAGAUGAAGGAAAUGUACGAGAAGCAAUGCCAGAUGAUGACCAGAUUUAACCAGCCAACGCCACCAGUACCCGUAAUGAUCGCUCACCUGUACCCUCCCGGACCCACGAAUCCUCACUAUGAGACCGCGAUGAAGCGAGAGGCAGAGAAGAAAGGCAUAGCCGUGGCGCUGAGUGAGACUGCAGCUGAUAAAACAAAUGGCAUUGAAACAAUUACCUCGCCAGGCGCACAAGCUCUCAUUGAUAGCCGAAACCCUAAGCAGACUCAAGCACAGCAGAAGGCCAUGGGUUUGGCAGAAAAGUUCACUCAAAGUAUGACAGAAAUGGAGCUCGAUGAGGAGCCACCGACUAUCAAGUUGGGUGAUGCUUCUGUUGCUGCACCAUUCACAAGCAAGCUUAGCAACGUUAUCGCAAUUCCCAACAUCAUUCGACAAGGACGUUGCACUCUCGUAGCAACGAUCCAGAUGUACAAGAUUCUUGCCCUCAAUUGUCUUAUCAGCGCCUACAGUCUUUCUGUUCUGUACUUGGAGGGCAUUAAGUUUGGAGAUGGCCAAGUCACAAUCAGUGGUAUGCUUAUGAGUGUCUGUUUCCUGUCCAUCUCCAGAGCGAAGUCUGUUGAAGGUCUAUCGAAAGAACGUCCUCAACCCAAUAUUUUCAAUUUCUACAUUAUUGGAUCUAUUUUGGGACAGUUCGCUAUACACAUUGUUACCUUGAUCUACAUCGCCCGUUACUGCGACACGAUUGCUCCACGUAGCGAGGAAAUUGAUCUUGAGGGGGAGUUUGCACCAUCUCUGCUAAACAGUGCUGUGUACCUUUUGCAACUCAUCCAACAAAUCUCGACUUUCGCCAUUAACUACCAGGGUCGGCCGUUCAGAGAGGCUCUUUCGGAAAACCGUGGAAUGUACUGGGGCAUUAUUGGUGUCUCAGCCAUUGCCUUCUCUUGCUCAACAGAAUUCGUUCCCGAGAUCAAUGAGAAGAUGCGCCUUGUUCCCUUCACGUCGGACUUCAAGUGGACGAUGACUACCGUCAUGAUUGUUGAUUAUCUCGGCUGUUAUGUAAUCGAAAAGGCAUUGAAGGCACUGUUCAGUGAUUACAAGCCAAAGGACAUUGCGAUCAGAAGACCUGAUCAAUUGGCUACGGAGCAAAAGAGAAUUGAUGAUGAGAAGGCAGAACAGGUCAGAUUAGCUGAGGAGAAAGCUGCAAAAGAGAUUGCAGAACUAGAGAGAAAGUUGGCUGAGAAGACAAGAGCUUAGAGUGUAGAUAUUGCGCAUCAGAAUGCAGUGUACAAUAUGAAUGCAUUUUUGGUC